ACAAAACACCGCCAACAUCCCAGAAUGCAACACAUUCCAGAGGGGUAAAUUGCGCAUGCGCCCUGUCUUCUUCCUCUUUGGACCUACGUCUCCUCAGCUACAAUGGCCAAGCGCACCAAGAAGGUGGGGAUCGUGGGUAAAUAUGGCACGCGUUACGGCGCGUCGCUCAGGAAGAUGGUGAAGAAGAUUGAGAUCAGCCAGCACGCCAAGUAUACCUGCUCCUUCUGCGGAAAGACAAAGAUGAAGAGGAGGGCCGUUGGUAUCUGGCAUUGUGGUUCCUGCAUGAAGACUGUUGCUGGGGGCGCCUGGACAUACAACACAACGUCUGCAGUCACAGUGAAGUCUGCCAUCAGGAGGCUGAAGGAGCUGAAGGACCAGUAGAUUCUUAUUGGACCAGACUGUCUCUUGUUUUGUACAGUUUUUCUCCAAACUGGACGCUACAUCGGGUCAAACAAUCCACCGUAAUAAAAGUUCAGAGCGGAA